AUGGACAUGCGCAGGAAGAGGGAAGUUGGGCAGGAAGAGAAGGGGAGGCCGCACCGAGGCUUGGGACUUGCACUCAGGUGGGCUGGGACCUUCCGCCCUGUCUUCUCCCCGCCUCCAAGGCCUCCACAGAAACCUCAAAGACUGCUCACGGGAGACCCAGGAGAGGAGCAGGCCUGGAGGACGCAGGGGAGGAGGCUGCAGCCGCGUACCCUGCUGACCCAGACAGAAGCAGCAGCGGCCACAGCCACGGGCUGAGCAGCCCUCCCGGGGGCGAGGGAGUUCAAGGGCCUUGCGGCCACCCAUACAGUACAGACAGGCCCAAGUACAAAAGCCUUUCCAGCCUCCUUCCCGCGAGGCGGCUUUGCAGACAAGAACCUGCUACCACUGACACCCGGGCAGCUAGCAGCGUUCCAGGAUGUCUUCAAACUGUUCAGCUCCAGCCAGACAGGCACCAUGGACAUGCGCAAGAAAGCUGCCCAGUGCCAUGUGGGUGUCCAGCUGAGCCCACAGGAGAUGUGUGAGGUGCUGCGGCAGGCAGACUUAGACGGUGAUGGAACCGUAAGCUUCAAAGACUUCCUGGGUGUCCUCACUGACAGCCACCGACUCGCUCAGUGCUUGGGCAAGGUGAGGAACAGCCGGGUCUGUGAUCCCCAGGGCUUGCAAACGCUGUUCUUAGAGAUGCUGUUCAAGCUGAUGAUUCUGGGCUUUGUGCCCUUCAAGUCGGUACAGGAGGUGAUGAGGUGGGCACAACUGGAUCCAGCUUCAGGGUCCAAGAUGGGGGGAGCAGACUCUGCCCCUCAGGAGUCCCCAGAUGUCCUUGCCCCAGAGACGGGAGCCCUGAAUUCUGGGUCGGUUUCCUGGGCCCCAACUUGCCCCCAGGCCAAAGUGGCUUUCUGUCCUGCUUUGGUUUCCCCACCGGUGAGAAGGAGAGGACUGGGGGAGGCGCUGUCUGAGGCGGCUACCCACUUUCCUCCUUCAAGUCACUACUCCAAGAAGCAGCGGUCUCUGCGGCUUAACUCGAACUGGAAGGGCGGGUCCGGCGGCCACGGACGCACCUCGCGCUCUCAGGCGGGCCUCGCGAUCUUCUGCCAGGCCGCGCACCUUAGCUGCCUUUCCAGUGCCGAGCUGGCGUGCUCGCCGCACGGACUGCACAAAGCGGGUGCGCCCCGGGCUGGGCGGGGACCUGCGGGACUGGGGACUCUCUCUCAGGACCCGGUCUCAGAACUGGCCGCCCCUUUUCCUCCUACCGGCGUCCUCGCCCCAGGUGCGCGCAGCGCCUACUCCCAGAUACCUAACCUGAACGGGCGGACGCAGUCAGAAUUCCACACACGGAACCGAACCCCGCCCCCAGACGUCCGACUUCCCAAGUCCUACCAGCCCAGCCAACCCAAGCGCCGGCCCAACUGUGGGCGGCUCAGCCAUCGUGAAAGUCGAAAGAGGCAGGGGUAUACGCGCCCUUCGAAGCCGGCUCCCUCCCCACCAACUCUAGUGCAGAAGCAGCCCUUCUCCCCCUCUCCAGCCUGUUUGCAGAGACCUGCUAUGAAGAACUUGUACAAGUAAAGCGUUUGCUGAGCAAAAACAGGUUGCGCUUGGUGGGGGCGGGCACGGAGC